AUGAGUCGUCGUGGGACCAAACGUCCACGUUUUAGUGUGGGUGGUCAACCUGUAUUUGAAAAUGAAGAUUCAUCGAAUCAUUCUGGCCAUGCUUCAAUCGAUUACGAUGAUAAUUCAUUAUCUCAACAACCUGAAACAUCAACAAAUAGUUCCGAUCAACAUCAUUUUGUUCAACAUCAAUUCGUUCCUGACAGAUCAAAAUCUCUGCAACGACCAGCAAUAAAAUCUUCCAAUGAUGACAAUGCAAAUCUAAAUGUUUGUCUUGAUCAUCUUCUACGUUUACUUACACGUAAAGAUAAGGAAGGUUUCUUUCAAUAUCCGGUCACUGAUCAGCUUGCACCAGGUUAUUCUCAAGUAAUUACUCGUCCAAUGGAUUUUUUUACUAUGAGAAAAAAAAUCAAUCAAGAUGAAUAUUUAAAUAUUCUCGAAUUUCGUACUGAUUUUGAGCUUUUAUGUGAAAAUGCUAUGAAAUACAAUCGUCCUGAAACUGUGUAUCAUCAAGCAGCAAAAAAACUUUCAGCAACAGGAAAUAAAUUAAUGAAUAAAGAUAAAUUAUUAAAUCUUCGUCGUACGGUCGAAUGUUUUUCUCGACUUACAGAACGUGAAUUUGGUUUUCAUAUUGAUUCAAUAAAUCCUACAAACAAUGAGCAAUUAGUUAAUUCAAACGAACAAAUGGAUGUGUCAUUGAAUGAUGCUGAUAGUGUUCAACGUAAAUCAAAAAUAGUAGUAAAACUACCAAGAUACUAUGAGAAAUUAUCAACAUUACUUGGCGAUGAAGAAGAUGAUGAAGAAUUAUCACCCGAAGAGAUUCUUUCUCAAGCACAACAUGCUGGACAAUGUGCGAGAGAAAAAUUAAGCUUACGUCGUCCGAUGUCUGCAUAUAAACUUCUCUAUCAACGAACUAAUGGUACAACAUCACUUCGAUUCAUUAAUCAAGAUGAUUUAUCUCAGCAUCCAUCUCAAACACGAACAAUUACUAUCGGAGAAUUGAGUAAUAUGCCAUCAAGUGCUGGGGGUCCAUCUGCUAAUGCAUAUCAUCCGCAUCCAGUUCCAAUUGUUAAUGAAAGUGAAAAACGUAGUCAUUUAUUACCACGAUAUUUUCUUGAUUAUGGACCAUUUUCAUCGCAUGCACCACAAUAUGAUUCAUCGUUUACGUCCAUAUCAAAGAAUGAACUUGAUUUAUUAAUACAUACAUAUGGAAGUGAAUUUUCUGCUCAAUAUGCCGUGUCUAUGAUUGAUUAUGUCAAAGAUACAGGUGAUUUAGCUUUAUCAUAUGUCGAUCGAUUUUUAUCAGCAGCAACAAAUGGAAAACAUGAAAGUUCAAUUACCAAACAAUCACGCAAUACUCCAUCAACUGAACAACAAUCUAAUGAUUCGAAUCAUAUUGCAACAUUAGAUUCAAUAAAAUUGGAAUCGAACAAUCAUUUGAAUGGUAACAUUCAACAUCAAUUAGACUUGAAAUUGGAUGAAAAUGCUAAACUACUUAUUCAAUUGCGUCAAGCUCAAUACGAUCGUUUAUGUCAACCAUCGAACAAAAUCCAUCAAAUAAUAUCAUCAUCUCAACAACAACAAUCAUCAAGCGAACCUCUCAAUGAAUAUGAUAUUGCUGAAAAAGUUCUUUGUAAUCUCAGCGAUAUGACACAUAUAUCAUCGCAAGGACCUGAACAUGUUAUAUCGUCUGAAGCAAUUCGUCACAAUCUUGGUAUUAUAAUUCAAAACGACGCGUCACAUGUGGAUGAGCUGUAA